AUGAGCAUCUUUAGAGCUGGGCGCCUGCUCCUCGCGGAGGUCACCGGGCACGGGGACGCCGGCGACGCCGCCGAGCACGGGGGAGGGGGUCACAACUCGGGCACCGAGACCGUGCUGUUCCUCGUCACGUCGCUGCUCUUCGGCCUCCUGGCGCGGCGUGGCCUCCGGCGCAUCAAAGUGCCCUACACCGCCUUCCUGCUCAUCUACGGGCUGAUCAUCGGCUACGCAGAAUCCAAGGAUCCAGACUGGAAGCACUUCUCCUCUUCGCUGUCGGUGUGGACGGGCAUCGACCCCCACUUGCUCCUCCAGGUGUUCCUGCCCGUCCUGCUCUUUGCGUCGGGCUACAGCAUGGACUGGCACCUGGUGAAGAAGCUCGUGUGGCAGAUGCUGCUGCUGGCCGGGCCAGGCGUGCUCUUCUGCGUGCUCCUCGUGGCCACGUUCGCCCACUACUCGUUCCCCUACGCAUGGUCCUGGGACAAGUGCCUCGCGUACGCGGCGAUGAUCAGCGCGACGGACCCGGUCGCCGUCGUCGCGCUCCUCAAGGAGGUCGGCGCGUCCAAGACCCUGGGCCACCUCAUCGAGGGGGAGUCUCUCCUGAACGACGGCACUGCGUUCGUCAUCUACAUCCUCUUCUCCGAGCGCGUGGAGGGCGUGGAGCGGACGAUCGGGUCGUCGAUCGGGAAGUUCGCGCAGCUCGCGAUCGGCGGGCCCGCGGUCGGCGUCGCGUUCGGCAUGGCGGAGGCGCUGGUGUUGUCGUACAUCUACAACGACGCGCAGGCCGAGGUGACCCUGACGGUGGUGACGUCGUUCCUGACGUGGUUCGUCGCGGAGGAGCUCUGCGGCGUGUCGGGCGUGCUCGCGGUGGUCUUCCUCGGCGUGUUCAUGGCCGCGGUGGGCAAGGGGUUCAUCACGCCGUCGUCGGAGCACGCGAUCGAGACCAUCUGGGAGACGCUCGAGUUCUUCGCGAACACGAUCAUCUUCGUACUCUCCGGCGUCAUCAUCGCGCUGCGCAUCUCCGAGGGCGACUACUCCGGCAGCGACUUCGGCUGGGGCAUCUGCCUGUACGUCUUUGCCAACGUGGUGCGCUUCGCCAUGGUCUUCUGCUUCCUGCCCGUCCUGCGCCGCAUGGGCUACGGCCUCGACUGGCGCCAGUCCGUCGUCAUCUCCUGGGGCGGCCUCCGCGGCGCCGUCGGCCUCGCCAUCGCGCUGAUCAUCAACAUCGACGAGGCCAUCCUGGACCAGCGGUACAAGGACAUCGCGCUGCUGCACAUGGGCAUCAUGGCCGUCGUCACGCUCCUCGUCAACGGCACGCUCACGCCCUGGGUGCUCUCCGCGCUCAAGAUGAACCAGUCGAACCCGGCCAAGGACCAGUUCCUGGACCACGCGCUCGAGGAGAUGGAGCAGCUCGCGGAGAAGAAGCUGAAGCACCUGAUGAACGACCCGCUCGUGGGGGACCCGGACUGGCGCAAGGUGAACCAGCUCACCGCGCUGGUGGACGCCGGGGCGGAGGACGAGGGCGGCAACAACAGCGUCGCCGGGCUGGACAAGAGCCAGAAGGGCAAGGUGGUGGCGUCGGCGCGGAUGCUGGCGGUGCUGCACGGGAAGGCGGAGGGGGCGCGGAAGCGCAGCAGCGAGAAGGACGCCGUCGCGGUGAACCCGACCUUCAACGGGCGCAACCCCGCGGGCAACAGCGACCAUCGCGCGCGCGGGCGGAUGGACGAGGGCGGCUCGGACCGGCCGGCGCCGCUGCCGCGGUUCUCGAUGCAGGUGGGCAACCGCGCGGCGGGCCUCGCGCGGCAGUCGAUGGCCAUCGUGAACUUCGUCCGGGAGGUGGCGCAGGGCGACGCCAAGAAGCAGUCGUGGAAGGCGCGCCUCAAGGCGCGGCGGCAGAAGACCAGCGAGGCGGCGGGGGGGCGCGGGGGGGAGAAGGACGAGCUGUCGCUGACGUCGAUCAUCCAGGACCAGCGCGCGCGGUACCUGCGCGCGGUGAAGCAGGUGUACGCGGAGGGCUUUGAGAAGGAAUACAUCCCCGGGGACAUGAUCCGGCGGCUGAACGAGAGCGCGGACGUGGCGCUCGACCACUGCGAGCAGCAGAUCGACGACUGGCUCCCGCUCGAGAUCCACGACCUGCACAUCCCGGCGUGGAUCUUGUUCCUGGUGCGCUGGACCUCGGAGGUGUGGGGGCUGCAGCGGCUGGGCAAGUGGGUGCUCUUCAAGCGGCUCCAGCGCGUAGUGCUGCUCUCCACGUCGUACCUCUUCGCGCACAUCGAGUCCGUGUCGGCGCUCGCGGAGCUGGUCGACAAGAACGACCCGGACGACGCGGGCAAGAACAAGGGCGGCGCGCCGGUGGACCCGGUGCGGCGCAUGGAGGGCAUCGCGGCGCGCAAGGUGAUUCGCGAGGCCAAGGCGGGGAUCCACAAGGCGAACGAGUUCGUCCGCGGCCUGAAGUGCUCGUACCCGGAGAUUCUCCGUUCGAUCAAGACCAAGCAGGUGGCGCGCACCGUGCUCAUGUACAAGGAGCGGUACGUGCGGCACCUCGCGCACGCGGGGCUCGUCGAGGACAAGGAGAGCGUCCAGCUGCGGAUGCGCCUGGACGACCGCAUCUGCGCGCUGAUCCGGUCGGACCCGCGCGUGGAGAUGCCCAGCCCGAAGAUGUCGCUGUGGUCGUCGCUGCUGUUCAACAAGCUGCCGUACGCGCAGUUCAAGCUCAAGGUGCUCCCGAAGGCGACGUACCGCGUGUUCGACAAGGACGAGUGCAUCCUGCCCGCGGUGAUGAACGCCAACCGCAUCGUGGUCGUCGUGCGCGGGCUCACGUCGUACCGCAAGGGCGUGUACGGCAAACGCGCCGCGGGGAACUCGCAGGGGGAGUUCGAGGCCGGCAUCACCGCGCCGGGACGCGGCAGCAUGGACGCGCCCGGAGGCAUCGGGGCGAUGGGUCGGAACAUCACGGUCGGGCGCGGCAGCCUGGAGGUCCCCACGUUUGCCAAAAAGGGCCCCGCGGCCGAGGAGAUCCGCCGCAAGUCGAUGGAGUACCGCACGAAGCGCAUCGCGGCGUCGAAGACCGUCUACGGCAUCGAGCGCGCCCUGCUCGGCCUGAGCCCAGAGGCUGACGUGGUGGCCGACACGGUGGUCGAGGCGUACGAGUUCGCCGCGGAGGACUUCCUCGCGCUCGAGCAGGCGCUCCCCGAGGUGCACCAGCGCGCGAACCAGCUCGCCGGCAUGCGCGUCGCGCACCGCACGGGCCCGCCGGGCGUGCGCCAGAUGGAACACCUGGAGCUGCGCACGCACUUCCUGAACGCGGACGUGGUCGACCUGCGCAAGGGGAGCCCCGUGCCGCAGCUCGACGCGUUCGUCCUCAUGAAGGGCACGCUCGCGGACCGCGAGUCGGGCGAGCAGAUCGAGGCCGCCGUGUUUGUGUCGGGGGGGGAGUCCCGCCGGCUCUCGUGCGUCACCGCGUGCGUGCUCGUCUGCCUGCCGGACGACUGGGUCGUGCAGCACCGCAAGCGGCAGCACGACAUUCAGUCGCUGCUGGCCAGCUCCCCGGACCCCGCGGUACAGUGGCACCACGCCCAGCGCGUGGUCACGGCGCUCAUGGGCGACCAGGUCGACAAGGAGCAGAUGGCCAAGGCGGCCGCGAAGGGCUACGCGGUGGCCUGGCGCGUCAAGGCGGCGCGGAGCCGCGCGGCGUCCCAGGCGGCGUCGGAGGCCGGGUCCGUGGCGCGCAGCGGGGCGGCAUCGCCGGCGCCCAGCGCGGCCGAGGAGGGCGACGACGACGCGGCGGCGAUGUUCAAACCGAGCGGCUCGAAGGACGAACCGCGGAACGGCUCCGGGUCCACGGGGCCGGUCGUGGACACUGCUGCAGUGCGCGCGUCCCAGGAGUCGUCUCUGUUCGCCGCCUCAGGACCCACGUCACCAAAGCGCCGCGGAGCGUCGGCGGACCGCCCACACGCCCACUUCGCGGCCAAGGACGAGCGCUUGGGCGUGCAGCCCAAAUUGGUGGCGGCCGUCGCCGAGCAGGAGGCCGCUGCCGACCCGAGCCGCGCGGUCGACAACGCACUGCAGGCCGGGGGCGGUCCGGCGAGCCGCCCCGCUGCGCCGAUGGCUGGGCUGGACACGCAGGCCCUGCUGAAGCAGUUGCUGCAAGCCAAGGAGGAGGACGACAGAAAGGCGCGUCUGCGGGACCGGGGGCUGGACUCGGAGGAGUCGGACCUGGACUGA